AUGGCCGAGCCCUCAGCGCCGCCCGCCGCCGCCGCCGGCGCGGAAAGUUGCGGCGAGGAGCCGGCGCGGGGCGCGGACCCGGAGGGCGAGGCGGGGCCGCCGCCGGCCUCCCCCGGGGGGCAGUCGGAGCCCGGCUCGCCGGUGGCCGCCCCCUUCUUCCUGCUCUACCCGGGCGAUGGGGGCGCCGGCUUCACGGCGCGCCCGCCGCCCCCGCAGCCGCGCGCCUGGAGGACCCCGCCGUCGCCCGGCUCCCCGCUGCCCUUCCUGCUGCUGAGCUACCCGGGCGGCGGCGGCGGCGGCGGCGGCGGCGGCAAGCACCAUCCGAAUUAUCUCAUGGCUAAUGAACGCAUGAACCUGAUGAACAUGGCCAAGCUGAGUAUUAAGGGUCUGAUUGAAUCGGCUCUAAACCUAGGGAGAACGCUGGACUCUGACUACGCACCUCUCCAGCAGUUCUUCGUGGUGAUGGAGCACUGCCUGAAACACGGCUUAAAAGCUAAGAAAACUUUUCUUGGACAAAAUAAAUCCUUCUGGGGGCCCCUAGAAUUGGUAGAAAAGCUUGUUCCAGAAGCUGCAGAGAUAACAGCAAGUGUUAAAGAUCUUCCCGGACUUAAGACACCAGUAGGCAGAGGAAGAGCCUGGCUUCGAUUGGCAUUAAUGCAAAAGAAACUUUCAGAAUAUAUGAAAGCUUUGAUCAAUAAAAAGGAACUUCUCAGUGAAUUCUAUGAACCAAAUGCCCUCAUGAUGGAAGAAGAAGGAGCCAUAAUUGCUGGUCUGUUGGUGGGUCUGAAUGUCAUUGAUGCCAAUUUCUGUAUGAAAGGAGAAGAUUUGGACUCUCAGGUUGGAGUUAUAGACUUUUCUAUGUAUCUCAAGGAUGGGAACAGCAGUAAAGGUAGUGAAGGAGAUGGACAAAUUACUGCAAUUCUGGACCAGAAAAACUAUGUAGAAGAACUCAACAGACAUCUGAAUGCUACUGUAAACAACCUUCAAGCAAAAGUGGAUGCAUUAGAAAAAUCCAACACUAAACUGACAGAGGAACUUGCAGUUGCAAACAACAGGAUUAUUACCUUGCAAGAAGAAAUGGAACGAGUUAAAGAGGAAAGCUCCUACAUACUAGAGUCCAAUCGGAAGGCUCCUAAGCAAGACAGAACUUCAGAAGGGCAAGCACUAAGUGAAGCAAGAAAGCAUUUAAAGGAGGAGACACAAUUGCGACUGGAUGUUGAGAAAGAACUGGAGAUCCAGAUCAGCAUGAGGCAGGAGAUGGAGUUGGCCAUGAAGAUGCUGGAGAAGGACGUCUGCGAGAAGCAGGACGCCCUGGUGUGUCUGCGGCAGCAGCUGGAUGACCUCAGGGCUCUCAAACAUGAACUUGCCUUUAAGCUGCAGAGUUCAGACUUAGGAGUAAAACAGAAAAGUGAACUAAACAGUCGCUUAGAAGAGAAGACCAAUCAGAUGGCUGCUACAAUUAAACAACUUGAACAAAGAUUGCGCCAGGCCGAGCGAGGCCGCCAGUCUGCUGAACUGGACAACAGGCUCUUCAAGCAGGACUUCGGAGACAAGAUCAACAGCCUGCAGCUGGAAGUGGAGGAGCUCACCAGGCAGCGCAACCAGCUUGAGUUAGAACUAAAACAGGAAAGAGAAAGAAGGUUAAAGAACAGCAGGAGCAUCCCAGGAAAGAGUUCCCAGAAGCCAGAACCCAAAAUGGAUGGGAAGCACAAAAUUCAAGAGGAACAUGUUAAACUAAAACAGCCCCUGGAAGAAAGCCACAGGCUGCAGUCUCCCCCGGUGGAUGAACAGGAUCAGCCGCUGCUCUCUGAAGAGCCACAGGUGUGUCAGCUCUGCCAGGAAGGUGGCAGCCUAACAAAGAAUGUCUGUGAGAACUGCAGAGGAACCUUCUGUGAUGCCUGUUCAACAAACGAACUGCCUCUUCCUUCAAGCAUUAAGCCUGAGCGAGUUUGCAAUCCCUGUCACGAGCAGCUGAUGAAACAGUAUUCCACCAGCCCAGCGUAA